AGCAGAGAAACUAGCCCUCAGAAUAAAGAAGCAGCUCGUGCACACUGACAGAGACGCCAACCUGAAUGUAUUGAACGCACACUGACAUCGUGACAACACCAGCUCUGUCUCUCUCUCUCUGUGUGUGUGUGUGUGUGUGUGUGUGUGUGGACCUGUGCAAGUCGCUCUCCUGAUUGUGUAAUACAUUUUUUUCCUGCUUCUUCCUGCAAGCAUCCAAAUCUGCAGCCGAGAGCGCAAGAAGAAGAAGAAGAGGAAGAAGAAGAGGAAGAAGAGGAAGCAGCAGCAGCAGAAGAGGAGGAGGGGAAAACAGGAGGGAUUGCAACAUUCAUCAGAUUUAUUUUUCUUCCAUGGAGCAAGGGCUUUACAAACGGGACCGUCCUGGGUGUGAUACUGCCACGGUGAGUGUGGAUAUUCAAGCAGAGGCAGCAGAGUCCUCCUCCUCCUCCUCAUCCUCCUCCUCCAUCCGCAUACAGAGACGCGUCUUCGGCUGCGGCUGCGGCGCCCACACCGACUCCUCGUCCUCCCUCUGCCGGCUCCAUGUCGAGUGAUGGUCGGCUUGCCUUGCUGGAUGCUCCCCGCUCUCUCCGGAUCGUCGACGACCGAGCCUCCUCUGACCGCAGAGCCCCAUUUUCGGCGGAAACCUUCCCAGAGCUAUAGGGGGGCUCCAUAUGGAAACUGGGGAUCAGAAUUUUAGGAAAAAGGCUAAACUGCGCGGUUCUGUCAUUUUGUAGGUUUUUACCAGAUUCUUGCUCAUUUUUUUUUGUGUGCGAGUGUUUUAAUGCUGAUGAAUUAAUUUGUUCAGCCUUGAUUUGAGAAGCCCACAAUAGGUCGACAUAAACACUCCGAGAGUUGCUUUAAUUUCCUCUCGACAGACUCCAAGUCGUCCAUUUUUAACUCUUUUUUUUAUUUCUACUGAUAUGAUAGAAUCCCCUGCUGUCCUUGGUUUCCCUCUCCUGUUUGUUAUCUCCUCGCUGUUUCCCCUUCUGGCUCACAGAACACAGUAGAAUAUAUAUUAAUACUAGUCUUUAGACAGCUUCUAUAACUCUAGUGAAUAAAAGCAAUGUUAUAACCUCAAACUAAAGCAACUAUAAGUAACAGACAUAUUGAACUGUUGUACUGUAAGCCUGCCAUUACUCUAUAACACCGCCCCCCUCCCCUCUCUCUGCUGUCUCUGUGCUCCAUUUGAGCUCAUGUUAAGUCAGCUCUAACCUUUAAGUCAACAAACAGGUUGUCUGAUAUUCUUCUUCUGCAGGUCUGUAGAAAAUAAGCCUCAGUUUGGUUUAACUCGCUUCCAUUUUGAGGCUAAAGGCUUCAGGACUUCAUUAAUCCUUCCUAGCUGAGAGGCAUUCUCCACCUUUUUAGCUUCAUCUGCUGCUGCAGCUGAAGGCCUGCUGAGGUUCAGUCUUCCUCUGCACUUCCGGGUUUCUCGUCUUUUUUUGUGGUGCAAGACACAAGAACAAACAGAGAGGAGAGACUUAACAGCCUCUUCCUCUCUCCCCCCAAAACCUCCAAACCUUCCUCAGUUUUUUCUCUUGUUUUGGUCCUCACCCAAACGCAACCAUAAGGUUCCUACCGCAUCCUCCGCCUCCUUCUUCCCUCUCCUUCCGCACGAGUAUAUCCCGGUUUUUCGGUUUGGUUUGGUCCCGGAAAUUUUCAAAUAUUUACUUCCUGUACAUCAAGAGGAAAGGGGGUCCCCCUUUCAUGGAAUGCGGAAACAUGGGUCUGUUCGACCGCGGAGUCCAGAUGCUGCUGACCACGGUGGGAGCUUUCGCGGCCUUCAGCCUCAUGACCAUCGCGGUCGGCACGGACUACUGGCUGUACUCCCGGGGCGUCUGCAGGUCCAAGUCCAUGAACGACAACGAGACCAGCAAGAAGAACGAGGAGGUGAUGACCCACUCGGGCCUGUGGAGGACCUGCUGCUUGGAAGGAACCUUAAAAGGAAUGUGUAAACAGAUAGACCACUUUCCCGAGGAAACAGAUUAUGAAGCGGACCCAUCUGAGUACUUCUUACGUGCGGUGCGAGCCUCCAGCAUCUUCCCCAUCCUCAGUGUCAUCCUGCUCUUCAUGGGAGGCCUGUGUAUAGCUGCAAGCGAGUUCUACAAGGCGCGUCACAACAUCAUCCUCAGCGCGGGAAUCUUCUUUGUGGCUGCAGGUCUGAGCAACAUCAUCGGGAUCAUCGUGUACAUAUCAGCCAACGCGGGGGACCCUUCGAAAAGCGACUCAAAGAAGAACAGCUACUCUUACGGCUGGUCCUUUUACUUUGGGGCGCUGUCCUUCAUCAUGGCUGAGAUGGUGGGCGUCUUGGCCGUGCACAUGUUCAUCGACCGCCAUCGACAGCUUCGAAUAGGGGCACGGGCAGCCGACUACCUCCAAGGCUCGGCCAUAACGCGAAUCCCCAGCUACCGCUACCGCUACAGACGCCGCUCGCGCUCCUCCUCCCGCUCCACAGACCCAUCACACUCCCGUGACACCUCGCCGGUGGGUCUAAAGGGCUUCAGCGCGCUACCAUCCACGGAGAUCUCCAUGUACACGCUUCCCAGGGACACACUUAAGUCCUCCGGCACACCCACCGCCACCUACAACUCUGAGAGGGACCACAACUUCCUGCAAGUCCACAACUGCAUCCAGAAGGACCUGAAAGACUCGAGUCACACCAAUACAGCAAACCGCCGCACCACGCCGGUAUGAGGGAGUCGACACAGGCCAGGCGAGCCCGGCGAAGAGAGCAGAGACCAGGAGACACGGGAACCCCUGUGGGUGCAGCCGGCCCCAGGAGGAGAUGGAUUUCCAUGUUUAUAGACAUUUGUUCUUUUUGUUCAGCUGCAUGACUUUUCCAUUACCAUUGUUGAGAGCGAUUCAACAGGUCUGCUGUGUUCCUGGAUUGAAUGGCGGAUUUAGUGAGAGGGAGGUCAGGUUGUCCCAAGAACGUGUGAUCUGUAAUUUUUUGCGCGGGGUUUGUUUAUGAGGGACGGGGCGGGAGGGUGGGAGGGGGAUGGGCGUUUAUGAGAUAAAGAAGUGGUUUCAUGGUUUCAUAGCCCUUUGGUUUGACAGUUUCGCCCACCAAGUUCGGUUGGAGCAACAGGUCGAGCUCCCCCUCAGCCAGCCCACUGCUCAGAUAUACAUCUCUUUUAUUUAUUGACUUCUUUGUUCAUUUUUUGCAUUAAAACUGUGAAUUGUUACAGUUUGGGAUUCAGUAAGAAUUAGCCCAAUCUGUAAUCUCUUACAAAGGUACUAUAUAUAUAUGUAUUACUUUUAUAGAUAAAUUAUUACGUUAAUAAUCAAGAGUUACAUACUUUACCUGAAGCAAAAAAGACAAAAAAACAAAGUAACUAAACCAAGUGCUGUUGUUGAGAUGAAAAAGACUCUUUUAGUAUCUGUUUCUUUGAAGGUCGAGAGCAGGAGACGGUGCUUUAGGUAGCAGCAGUUCACGGUGACUGGUGCCGCUGGAGGUGCGCAGUCAACAGUAGAAUAAUAUCUAUUCUUUUAAUAGAACCUUCUCGUCUUUUUCUGUCCCUGUUCGCUUUCCUUUUUUUUGAGGGGGUCGUGACGGAGAGUUGAACCCCUCCGCAGAAAGAGCCAACAAAAAAAAAGGGGUUCAAAGUUCAAAAAGACUCUGAACACGACUUCUGAGAAAAAACAAAACCAAAAAAAAGAAAGGAGCAGAGGGAAAGGAAAAGAAGAGGAUGCCAAACUCAAAAACAAAAACAAGUUAAAUAUAAAAUAGUACAAGAGAAGCUAAGUGACUCACAAUUUCAGAAAUUAAAUGCAUGCUAUAAAAUUACAGCAAAUCUGCUCUUGAGAAACUUAAGUUUUAAAGGUUAAUAAUUAUAAGAGGAAAAAAACGACGAUGCUAAACUUUAAAGUAUUAAUAUUUUCAUGUGUAAUUUUCAUAUGUUUUCUUUUUUUAUUUCUUUAGUUCAUUUUAACUUGUUGCUUUUGUGAGACGAACCAAACAAUCUACACUGAACAAAAACUGCUUUUUUAAAAGGUUUGGUUGAUUUCUUUAUAAAUAUAUAAAUAUAUGUAUGUAUGUGUUUUAUUUUUAAAACUCACACAGCCUUAGCCAUUUCUUUGUUUCUUUUUGAUUUUUAAUGUGUUGUUCAAAUUGAAAAUGAAAUCUUUCAAGGUGCCAAAACCGAAUGAUCCUAUACUUGGAUGCAUCAAGUCCUGAUGAAUAAAAUACGAACCCUAGGGGGAACAAACCA